AUGGAUAAUGUUUGUAGUCACUGCUCAGCUCAUAUGUGGAAACAUGAAAUACACAAAGGUUCUCUUAAUUUGAAUGCAAAAUUUUCUACUUGCUGUUCUCAGGGAAAAAUAACUAUUCCAGCUUUACUCACACCACCUGAAACACUAAAAACACUUCUAACUGAAAAUACAACUCGAGCCAAGUACUUUAGACAAAAUAUACGAGCAUUUAAUUCCAGCUUGGCUUUUUCUUCUUUGGGUGUAAAAGAAGACAUACUUAAAUCAAGAGGUCCUUACACAUUCCGCAUUAGUGGCUCAGUAUACCACAGAAUUGGUCAGUUGUUUCCAGAACCAGGAAAAGCUCCAAAGUUUGCUCAGAUUUAUAUUUAUGACACUGAUAAUGAGUUAGCAAACAGAUUGCUUUGGAAUAGUGACUUAGAUGAAGAUAUCCUUACUGAUCUUCAAACAGUGAUGCAUGAAUGCAACCCAUUUGUUCAUACCUUUAAGCAUGCCGCUGAUGUAAUGAAAACAAAUGAAAAUUUUCAAUUAAUUUUAACGUCUGAUACCACAAAGGACUCAAGACGCUACAAUUUGCCAACUUCUUCUGAAAUUUCAGUUAUACUCCCUGGAACUAACACUACAGAACCUUCGAAACGUGAUAUUGUUUUAUACUGUAGAUCCACUAAUCACCCUGAAGGGCAUAACAUAAUUCAUAUCAAUGAAACACACUCAAAAUAUGACUCUCUACAUUAUGUACUAUUGUUUCCUUUCGGUGAAGAUGGUUGGCAUAUUGAUAUCAAACACAAUGACAAUAAAAGGAAAGUUUCGGCAAUGGAGUUCUAUUCUUACCGCUUAAUGCAAAGAUCAGAUUUUAAUAUUAUAUUGAAAAGUGGAAGGCUAUUUCAUCAAUACAUAGUUGAUCAGUUUGCUAAAAUUGAGCAAGAAAGACUUAACUAUUGCCUUUAUCAUCAACAUGAAUUAAGAUCUGAACUUUACCAAGGUCUCAGUGAUGCUAUAAACUCAGGUGAUGUUGACGGUGCAACUGUUGGAAAAAAAAUUAUUCUGCCAUCUUCAUUUACUGGCAGUCCACGUUGUAUGCAUCAGUUUUACCAAGACGCUAUGUCUAUUGUAAGGAAGUUUGGAAAACCAGAUGUCUUCAUAACUUUCACAUGCAAUCCUAACUGGCCUGAAAUUAAAAAUGCUCUCUUGGGUAAUCAAACACCUGCAGACCGUCUAGAUCUCACAGCACGUGUUUUCCAUCUUAAGUUAAAGAACCUACUUAAUGAUAUUGUCCAGCAACAAAUAUUUGGAAAAAACAUUGGCACAUGUAUAUAUAGUUGA